AUGAGAAAUGUGGUUCUUGUCAUUCAACAAGAAAAAUCAUUCUGUGCAAGCCAAAAACAAUGUUCAAAGCAGAGAUAUAUUGGUUUCAAAUGGAAAGAAGAAAUAUAUGAAGCAGAAAGAACAGAAUGUGACAAAGUCAAACCAGCUCACAAGGAGCCAGCAACCGAACAUUACCGCAGAAAACGAGUGCAUACCGUAAUGGCAAUGUGCUGGAAGGCAACGAACAAGGGUGCUACAAAUGUCAUUGUUCAGCCUAAAAGGUCAAGUUAUAGGGCAACUGAUAACCGAAAUGAGUUCCCCGCCAUCCAAAGCACACCGUAUUUCCCGAAAGAAAAGUAUAACAGUAGAGGUGCUCAUGAGGUAAGAAGCCCCGAUCUUGCAAGAAAUGGUUCCGAAAGCAAGUCCAUAAAAUCCAAUUUUACAACUGAUGGAAGUAUUGAUCAGAAUGCUUUUAACAUGAAUGAAAGUAAUGAUGUUGUUUCAUUUACAUUUCCAUCUCCUUUGAGAAGCAUGCCUGAGUCUCUUGGACAUAGUGAUAAUCUUCAUCCCAAAAGAUUAUCAAUAUCUCUGACGCAUAUGAUAGAUAGUGAUGCAUUGAGUGUUCUGUUGGAGCAAAAGCUACAAGAAUUGACAUCGAGACUUAACUUACCUCAGUGUACCCUAGCCUCGGAUGAGCCUUAUACUGGUUUGAGAUCUAGUUCUCAAGACAAAGCAUUCAGUAUGGUAAACACCACAUUCCGUAUGGUAAGCAUUCAUUACAAUGUUUGUAUUUUUGCAUAUGGCCAAGCAGAAUCAGGAAAAACGUACACUGUGGCAGGACCAGACAAUCUUGAUGACGACACCAUAGGUGUGAACUACCGUGCAUUGCAAGAUCUCUUCUUUCUCUCAGAUCAGAGGAAAGACACCAUUAACUAUGUAAUCUCAGUUCAGAUGCUUGAGAUUUACAAUGAGCAAGUCAGAGACCUACUAGCUCAAGAGAGAGGUAUUAAUUUUCCUUUGCUAACACACAUUGACCUUUCUUGUAACUGUUGGUACGUAUAUAAUUGCAGUUGCUUGACAGUUCAUGUUAGUGGAAAGAACUUGGUAUCAGGAGGCAUUAUUCGAGGUAGCAUGCAUCUUGUUGAUCUUGCAGGAAGUGAGAGAGCCGAUAAAACUGAGGCCACGGGAGUUAGAAUUAAAGAGGCUCAACAUAUCAACAAGUCACUUUCUGCCUUAGGGGAUGUAAUCGCUUCCCUUGCGCGGAAGAAUGCACAUUUUCCAUACUGGAACACCAAACUUACUCAGCUACUUCAGGAUGCACUUGGUAUGAUUUUCCAACGUAAUCGUAUGCAUUGUCGCCUCCCAUACAACAACGUAGCUCGUAAGAUUUUAUGUGAUUUAAAAUAUUUUUAUAAAAGAUUUUUUCAUUCAGAUUCUUAA